GUAUAUAUGCAAAUUCAGCUCACAGUCCAGCUUUGAACUUAAAAUUCAACAAAAAUGACAGCUCUGUGUUUCACUUCACACGCUUCUCUAUCUUCAUGCAACCUCCACACCCACCCCUACAAAAAGAAACACGGCUUCAACUUCAACAAUUUUGGGUCGAAUUUAUCCACCAUUAUCAACAAAACCCAAAGCUCCAAUCCUCGAAUUUCCAUUCAUUUCUCCGUUAAUCGUCGUCAGUUUCCUCUCAAAUCUUCCGUAAAAGACGAGCAAGCAACCGAAACGGAACCCACCGCCCAUUCCCCCGUCGCGGUGGAAUCUAAAGAACCGAGCGAUGAAACACACGGUCCGAACAGUGAAGAAACGGAGGGGAAAGAAGAUCAACAAGAAAUGGAUUGGAAAACGGAUGAGGAGUUCAAGAGAUUUAUGGGGAAUCCUUCCAUUGAAGCUGCGAUAAAGCUGGAGAAGAAAAGGGCGGAUAGUAAGCUUAAGGAAUUGGAUAGGGAAAGUAACGGGAAUCCCAUUGUGGGGCUUUUCAAUAAGGUGGUGCGUGAUAAUUUGGCUAGAGAAAAAGAAAGGUUGGAGCAAGCUGAAGAGACUUUUAAAGCUCUUGAUCUUAAUAAGUUAAAGAGCUGUUUUGGAUUCGAUACAUUUUUUGCAACGGAUGUUCGAAGGUUCGGAGAUGGUGGGAUUUUCAUUGGGAAUUUGAGAAGACCGAUCGAAGAAGUCAUUCCUAUACUUGAGAAAAAGCUGACCAAAGCCGCAGGCAGGGAAGUUGUCUUGUGGUUCAUGGAGGAAAAAACGAACGACAUUACGAAACAGGCAUGUGUGGUGCAACCUAAAGCCGAAAUUGAUCUCCAAUUCGAGUCUACCAAGCUGAGCACUCCUUGGGGAUAUGUUAGUGCAACAGCCUUAUGUGUUACAACUUUCGGGACCAUUGCUUUAAUGAGCGGAUUCUUCUUGAAACCCGGUGCUACAUUUGAUGACUAUCUCGCCGAUGUCUUGCCUCUCUUCGGUGGCUUCAUCUCCAUUUUGGCAGUUUCCGAGAUAGCCACGAGGGUGACAGCGGCUCGUUAUGGUGUUAAACUCAGCCCCUCAUUUCUUGUUCCAUCCAAUUGGACUGGUUGUUUAGGUGUGAUGAACAAUUACGAGUCAUUGCUUCCAAAUAAGAAGGCUCUUUUCGAUAUCCCGGUGGCACGUACGGCUAGCGCUUACUUGACAUCACUGGUGCUUGCAAUCGCUGCUUUCAUAUCUGAUGGCAGCUUUAAUGGUGGCGAUAACGCAUUGUUCAUAAGGCCUCAGUUCUUCUACAACAAUCCGCUGCUUUCUUUCGUCCAAUUUGUUAUCGGACCGUAUGCGGAUGAACUCGGAAACGUAUUACCAAAUGCCGUGGAAGGGGUCGGAGUUCCUGUUGAUCCCCUCGCUUUUGCUGGACUUUUGGGAAUGGUGGUGACUUCUUUGAACUUGUUGCCUUGCGGAAGACUCGAAGGUGGCCGAAUAGCUCAAGCGAUGUUCGGACGUAGUACGGCUAUGUUGUUGUCCUUUGCCACGUCCCUUCUCCUUGGCAUCGGUGGUCUAAGCGGAAGCGUACUUUGCCUGGCGUGGGGAUUAUUCGCAACCUUCUUCCGUGGUGGGGAAGAAAUGCCAGCGAAAGACGAGAUAACGCCGUUGGGAGAUAACAGGUUUGCUUGGGGUAUAGUUUUAGGUCUCAUUUGCUUCCUCACUCUUUUCCCCAAUGGUGGUGGUACUUUCUCUAACCCUUUCUUAAGUGAUCCCUUUUUUAGGGGCGAUCUGUAAAAACAAACAGUGUAUAUAUACACUAGCUUAUAGUUACUCACGUGUAAAAUUUUUAGUUAAUUUUGAAGACAAGUAAAGGUAAUGGAAAAUUCAAGAAAAUAAAUAGAAACAAAAAAUGUGAUUCAAUCUGCAA